AUGACCAACAACAGUGAAGAACAACAGACCUCAUCUUCCACCAAGGAGACCAUCAUAGAGGUGGUAAUUCAGCCACCAACUCCAGAGGCCAAGGUUGAAUCUGAUGCUCCCCCUGCUGUGAUCACCACUCAGCCAGCACAGCCAAUGCCUGAACACGAUGACAGCAUUGCUGUGGUCAUGUGGGAAGCCACCGUUACUGGUCGACGCCUCAUCGACGAGAUGGAAGAGAAAGCAGAAGGGCACGAUUUCAACGAGUACGUCAUGCCGUAUGGCAAGCUACCGCUGAAUGUAAUUCGCAACUACAAUCUUCGCAUCGUUGACACGGGUCGUUACCGCAUGCUCAAGGAGAUCCGAAACAGCAGAAUGCUCAAGUCCAAGAGAGAGGUGGCUGCCUGCAACGAUUUCGCCUCUUGGCUCAUCAAGCUCCAAAAAGAUAAUUUCACCGACAGGAAAAUUGUCUUAGUCUUCUUUGAACCACGCCACUCCAAGAUCCUUCAGCUCUUCCAGGCUUUGGAACGUUACCGUCUUCUUGAUGAUGUCAACAAGAUUUUGCUUGGAUGUGUUAAUGGCUGGGAUCUGCUCCGUCAAUAG